CAGUAUUAUCUUUGUCAAUCGGCAUAACUUUUUAGGGUUUUCCAGAGAAAAGAGUUGCGCCGUAUUUUCGUUCUCCUCCAUCUUUGAAGAACCAAAAACAUGGGACACUCUAACAUCUGGAACGCUCAUCCUAAGAGCUAUGGUCCUGGAUCUCGUGCAUGCCGAGUAUGCGGUAACCCUCACGCCAUCAUCCGCAAGUAUGGUUUGAUGUGCUGCAGGCAGUGCUUCCGAAGCAACGCCAAGGAGAUUGGUUUCAUCAAGUACCGUUAAAUAGAUGAAGUUACAGUGAAGAUUCAAUGCAGAGGCUGUUCUUCUGGAAAUCUUGUGACUUUGCUUUGGAUCAAUUAAAUUUUGACCUACAAUCUCUAGACUGCUGAAGCGAACAUUAAGUAUUUAAAUUUCAUUGUUGAAUUUAGUUGGUGUGGAUUUCAGAAAUGUUAUUUUAAUCUUGUGUUAUUGUUCUGGGUGUUCAAUUUUUGCA